AUGGACAAUAUGCAUGAGAGCGAUGAAGACGCGAAUGAGUUAGAGGGAGAUCUCCCAGUAGAUUACGAUGUCGAUGAGUUUGGUGAGACUUCGUCGGUACCGGAGAAAAACUACACUCUUUUAAAAGAAGAAGAAAUUGCCAAACUUGAGCAAGAUUAUAUUACAGAAGUAUCCACUGUCCUUUUUGUAUCUGAAUCUGAUGCAUGCUUGCUGCUCCCUCACUUCAGUUGGAGGGUUGAGGAUCUGCAGGAUGAAUGGUUUGCUGAUGAAGAUAAAGUUCGAGACAAGGCAGGCUUGUUGAAGAAACCAGUAGUCCAACAUAGCGCCGGCCUAAAUCUGAAAAUCACUUGUGGAAUAUGUUUUCAGGAGUACAACAUUUCAUCUGGGAGUACUAUCAGCGCUAUUUUGACAGCCUCCUGUGGCCAUCCUUAUUGUCGAGCUUGCUGGGCAGGUUAUAUCGGCACAUGUAUCAAUGAGGGUGGUUCUGCCUGUUUGAUGCUCAGGUGUCCUGAACCAAAAUGCAGCGCAGCGAUCGGUCCGGAUUUAAUCCACAAUGUGUUGGUGAUGUCAGAGAAUAAGGAAAAGGCCUUGUAUGACAAGUACAAGCGCUACCUGCUAAGAUCUUAUGUCGAUAAUCACAGGAAGAUCAAAUGGUGUCCUGCUCCUAAUUGCGAUUACGCAGUUCAGUUUGAUAGUUUGGGGGAGAUGGUGUCGUACGAUGUUUCUUGUGUUUGCUCUCGAAGUUAUUGCUGGAAUUGCACAGACGAGAAUCAUCGUCCCGUGGACUGCAAGACUGUUAAGAACUGGCUUUUGAAAAACCAGGAUGAUUCUCAUAAUGGCCAGUGGAUAAUGGCCAAUACAAAGCCUUGUCCCAAGUGCAAGAGAUCAAUUGAAAAGAAUGAGGGGUGUAAUCACAUGACCUGCAGGUCCCCUUGUUUUUAUCAAUUCUGCUGGUAUUGUCUCGGGCCAUACUUGUCAGGUUGCCAUUGCAACAGGUUUUACAAAACUAAUUCCGAUCAGUCAUAUGAGGGGAACUGGGGCGUCGCUGAGAUUGAUAGAAGGGAAGCAAAGAGAGAGUUAGAGAGAUAUAUUCAUUACUAUGAGCGUUGGGAAACCAAUGGAAGAUCGAAGAAAAAGGCUAUAGAGGAUUUCGAGAAGGUGAAAGCCUUGCACAUUAAGGAACUUGGAACCCUGCAGAAGAAUACAGUAGAACAUGUAUACGAUUUCAUUAUACAAGCUUGGCAACAGAUAAUUGAGUGCAGGCAGGUACUGAGAUGGACCUUUGUCUAUGGCUAUUACAUGAGCGAGAAGGAAGAGCAUAGUAACAAGCGGGCGUUUUUCGAGUGUUUGCAAGGUCAUGCCGAGUACAGCCUCGAGCGGCUUCACGGCUGUGCUGAGAGAGAACUGCAACCUUUUCUGGUCUCUAUUAGUGACAUUAAGGACUCCGAGUUCAGCGACUUCAAGAAAAAGCUUACAGGGCUAACAAAGGUGACCGAAAAUUACUUCAACAAGCUGGCUAGUGCGUUGGAGGAGGGACUUUCAGAGAUAGAAACAAAUAAAAGAAUGCGCCAUCCAGAGCCAUCGAAAAAAUCGAAAAAGAAGAAGAAAAGAAAUAGAUAUGCACGCAGAGUUAUUUAA